UCCUAUAAAGAUGGCUACCAAUAUGAAAGGUAAAUAUGAGAAGUAUUGGGGGGAUGUCUCAAAGAUGAAUAUAUUGGUCUUUAUUUCUGUAAUUUUCGAUCCUCGUCAUAAGUUACAAUUUGUUAGCUGGGGAUUGAAUAAAUACUAUGACAAGGAAAUUGCUGAUUCUUUGAAUAAGAAGAUUAAGGAAACUUUAUCUAGAAUAUUUGAAAGAUAUAGAAGUUUCUCAAAUAAAGGCGAAGCUGAAAGUGUUGCACAAGAAGUAGAAGGAUCACAAUUUGUUACAUCUUCAGAAGUGUAUGAUCAAUUUGAGAAGGACAUGGAUCAAGAUCCAAAUUCGAGUAAAAAUGAAGUAGAUUUGUAUCUCACAGAGCCUAGGGAGAAGAAAAAUCCUGAUUUUGACUUAUUAAAUUGGUGGAAGGUGAAUUCUACCAAAUACCCGACUCUUGGUCUAAUAGCUAGAGAUAUAUUGGCAAUGCCAAUAUCAACUGUUGCUUCAGAGUCUGCUUUUAGCACAGGGGGUAGAGUUCUUAGUUGUUAUAGGAGCUCUCUUACACCACACACUGUUGAAGCUUUAAUUUGUGCACAAAAUUGGUUAAGAUCUUCACCUUUGUCAGUUGAUAUUGAGGAGCAUUUGGAAGAUUUAGAGAAGCUCGAAGAAGAAAUGGCACCGAUCCCACAAUUGAAUGAGGGGCUUUCUGAUAUUGAAUCUGAUUAGUAGAUGUGCUUGAAAAGAAAAUGAAAUGAUGGAGUCAUGGAGAUGGAGAGAUGGAGACAAUGUGUUUACAACAAUUUGUUCAAUUAUUAUUUUGGAACUUUCAAGUGUUUUAUAUUUUGGGGGUGUCGUGGCCUUUUUUCUGCUGUGUUGUGGCCUGUUUUUUUCUGCUGGUGUGUUGAGAUUUGUUGCGGUUCUCAGCCCUGCCGUGGUUCUUGCUUUGUCUGCGUGUUCUUGUUUUUUGGUGUGUUGUUGCAGUUUUUGCCUUGCUGUGUUGGCUGCUGCAGUGGUUCUGUGCUGCGGGCUUUCUCAUGGGAGUUGUGUUUUUGGCUUGCUUUUUGUUGUUUAUUUCACUUGUUUUUGGCUUGCUUUCUUCUUGUUUUAUAUUUUGUAAUGUUAUUUAAGAACUAUUAUUAAUGAUGUAAUGUUGACAGUGUAAUAUGUAUUUUGGUACUGUAAUGUUCUUGUAUUAUUGAAACUAAGGCCAUAUAAUUUUUUUGCAA